CUAUUGACCCGCACGCCGAGCGCACAACAUGUUGGAUGUGAGGGGACAGCGCCUGUUUUAAACCGAUUCACAACCUUAAGACAAACUCACACUGAACCUAUCCCACCCCACCCCACCCCCAGGCCGGAGGGCUUUCUGCGGCUGCCGGUUAGUUUCUGCAAUACCGGUGGAAGCUCCGCCGUGUUCCGGGAGCAGAGCCAGGAGGCGCCAUAGAAAGAGCGAGAAGAAAACCAUAAAAUGGAGUUCCAGGCGGUGUUGAUGGCAGCAGGUGGGGGUUCCCGCAUGAUGGAUCUUACUGCCAAUAUUCCAAAACCCCUCCUACUCGUUGGAAACAAGCCACUGAUAUGGUAUCCUCUAAAUCUUAUGGAAAGACUUGGGUUUGAAGAAGUAAUAGUGGUUACAACAAGAGAAGUACAAAAACAGCUACCACAAAUGGACACCAAAAUGAAAUUGGAUACAGUAUGUAUUCCUGAGGACACUGACAUGGGAACUGCAGACUCCUUACGACAGAUACAUGAAAAAAUUAAGACAGAUGUUUUGGUGGUCAGUUGUGACCUCAUCACUGACGCAGCUCUGCACGAAGUAAUAGACCUGUUCCGUGCACAUGAUGCCACAUUGUCAAUGCUAAUGCGUAAGGCGCAUGAUUUUACUGAACCUGUGCCAGGCCAGAAAGGAAAAAAUAAAGAAGCUGAACAAAGGGACUUUGUCGGAGUUGAUGACACAUGCAAACGUCUACUUUUCAUGGCUAAUGAAGCUGACUUGGAUGAUGAGCUUGUCAUUAGGAAGUCCUUGAUGCAGAAAUAUCCUAGAAUGCACAUAAAAACUGCGCUUGUGGACGCCCAUCUGUACUGCAUGAAAAAGUGGGUUCUGGAUUUCCUGGUGGAAAACAAGUCUUUCAUGUCAAUCCGGGGUGAGCUGAUUCCGUAUCUGGUCCGAAAGCAGUUUGCUGCUCCUAACUCUUCUCAACUUUCUAAAGCUGAUGCCAAUGAAGAUCAGAAGGGAAACUCCAAAUCUAUAGAUAUAUUCAGUUAUGCAAAAGAGGAUGAACUUCUGAAUUUAGCCAGAGAAAAAUCAUUUUGGAAUGAUCACCAUGGGGAUAUGAAUGAUCCAUAUCAUGGAACCAAACUUCGUUGCUAUGUUCAUAUUAUGAAGGAAGGGGUAUGCUAUCGUGUAAAUACUCUAGCUUCAUAUAUUGAAGCUAACCGACAGGCCCCUAAGUUAAUGUCUGCUUUAUCCCAAGAAGAAUCACUAAUCCAUCCUUCAGCACAAAUUACUGACAAAUAUACGGUUGGUGUUGACAGUAUGAUUGGAUAUAUGACUAAAGUCGCAGAGAAGACCUCAAUCAAGCGGUCAAUCAUCGGGGCCUCCUGCACAGUCAAAGAGAAAGUAAAAAUUGCCAACUCCAUAAUCAUGCACAAUGUCACUAUUGAAGAAGGAUGCUGCAUACAGGGUAGCAUUAUUUGCAAUGGAGCAGUCAUUGAGAAAGGGGCUGACCUCAAGGAUUGUCUGGUGGGAAGUACGCAGUCUGUUGAUGCUAAAUCAAAACACGUGAAUGAAGUGAUAGUAGGCAAUGAUAGCUUGAUGGAGAUAUAAUUUUCCUGAUGUCCUGGAAUCAUUGUAGUUGUUCUUCACCUGGACAUCAUCAGGCAUGGAACAGCUUCCUUGGAUCAUCGCAAGGCAUAUUAAAUGCUGAAUAGGAAUGGGCAUUAGGUUUGAAUUGAUUGUGCCCCUUUACAAGCAAAUUUCUAUUGUCUAAGAUGUUGAUUAAUGUCGGAGUCUUUUGGAAAGCCAUUUGUCAGGCAUCUAAAAGAUGAUGUCGUUUUCUUAGAGAAAUGCCAAAAAUGACUUAUUAAUAAAUGGCUUACUGACCCCAGUUCACAUAGCACCUAUUUAAGAUCAGUGAGGAUGGCAGAUAUUUUCCUUUUUUUAAAAAAAGUAUGAAAAUUCUACUUUUGAAACAACCCUAAAUGAUCAGAGUAUUAAAAUAUUUUAUGCACUAAUAACUUUGAGAAGGUGGUUGACAUGUCAACGAGAUUCUCAUGCUUUGAAGUUGUGUUCUCUGAUUCAUAAUUUCUUUCUCAUGAGUACAGAAUCAUUAUAUGAAUCUAUUAGUCUUGCAGGAGUAUCAGCAGGAAUUAAGUCAGCACAUUAACAUUAAUGUGCUUCGCUCUAGAGAGAUAGGAGAUGGGUUUGUAUCUGUUGCCGGAGAAGGCACUUAACAAAAGUAAAGUAUGUACAGAAAGAAAGAAAAUUAACAGGUAAAUUAUCUGAUGGUCUUUUAGCAUUGGUCAAGUUGUGAGGGGGUUCAGAAAUCUAACUUCCUCCCUAGUUAAUGGUGCCAAGUAUUAGGGGAAAGUAAACCAAAAAAAUUAUAUUACAUUUAAGUUUGCAAGAAUCAAUGGGAAGCAAAACCAGUGAGGCUAGUGGGUGAAGCAACAUGACCCCAGGUAGAAUCAUCUGAACUCCAGAUUUCUCCACAAAUAGUGCUGCACCAUAUUCACCUACCUGGAUUAUGCUAAGCAGGGUGGGGGGCGUGUGGAAUGGGUCUCUUUCCCAACACCAGAGUUAUGACUCUUAUCAUUGUAAAGCUUACCCAUUACCAAACCUACCCAAGAGUUUGUAGAACCUUGCCUAUUGCAUGGCAAUCAAGUUUAAAUAUUAGGACAGUGCUGCUAAUUGAACUUGAACAAUAUGGUAAAGAUACUUAAUUGUUAAACCUGUCAGUCUUCUUCCAAUUUUUACUCCUGUUAACAUGUCAUGUAUGAAAAUGAGUAAUGAUUCAGUAAAAUUUCUGUAUCUGCCAUUUAGCGUGUUACCAAAUAUUUAUCCAUGUUACAAUUUACUUAAUCUCACAGACAAAUUCAGGUAUAAUUUUUCUUCAUUUGAAUGGGCUACUUCAAGAAAAUACUAAAAAUAGCUUCCCCUAAAGAAGCCUAUGAAAUCUUAACCUAUUGCUCAUCCCGAAUCCUGACAUUACAGAUUUAUAAGGUUCCUACAGCUUGCCUGUAUUUAUCUCAAUAAAAGAAAGACCUGUUUACA